GGUCCGUGUUUGCAGGCUGAGCUCAGGGAGGAGCUGCUCACCAGCUCCACACAAGACGAAAGAACCUGAGAGUUUUCAUGCAGCCGCUCAACAAGUGGCAGCCGACCAUCGGAUCAAACUGCUGAUUAUGGAAAUUCCUGCAAUAAAUCUGAAGGCCAUCGUGCUGGUGCACUGGCUGCUGACAGUGUGGGGCUGCGUCAUGCCGUGGCUGCCCAGCUCCUUCCCCUGGAGUAACUUCAGUGUUCUGGCCGUCGGCCUCUGGGCCGUCGCCCAGAGAGACUCCAUCGACGCCGUGCUCUUGUUCCUGAUCGGGAUGAUCGCGACGAUACUGAACGACAUCAUCCACUUUGGGAUUUACUACUCGGUGGGCGAGCUGGCGCCGGCCUCGGGCCGGGACGUGUUCCGCUUCAGCGCGGGGAUGGCCAUCCUCAACCUGCUGCUCAAACCCGUGUCCUGCUUCUUCGUCUACCAGAUGUACCGCGAGCGCGGAGGAGAUUACAACGUCAACUUCGGUUUCCCCUCAGUAUCCAGGACCAGAGACGCGUACCAGUCCAUCGACCAGCAGGACGAGGCGGCCGCCCCCCCAGCGAACCCCUUCAACCAGGCGCAGGACAACAAGGCAGGUGUCCGCACGUACUGAGAGAAGAGCUCGCCGGUUCUCCUCCGACUCCUUCUGGUUCCCGAUCAGACUGAAGCUCUGAAAACAUUUCCAAUAACUUUUAAUAUGGAAAUCCAUGAAUUCUGUUGGUGUUUUUUUUUUUAUUAAACCCUCUUUUUUUUUUUUCUACAAAGGAAGAAAUGUUUGUUUCCGCCGAGCUCGUUCGUUCAGCAUCACUCAGAGGAAACGUUGUGUCCCAGUUGUGACUCAGACGUGUUCACAGACACAAAGAGUCUGGGGAUGUUUCUGUUCCUUCUCCCUGAUUAUGGUUCUUCCAGUUAUCCAACACUCGAAGCUCUGGAAGGAAGAAGCUUGUUGAUGUUGAUCCACAUGACGACUGCACCGUAUCCACCAGAAAUAACUUCUGAGAAAGAUGAAGAUUGUUUUUAAUAUCUAAUCUUCUGUGUGUAAAAAACCGAACAUUCUCAAAUGUGUAAUUGUACAAUAACAAGUGAGGAGCCUGUAGACAUUGAUGUAAAUCCUCUUUCAAUAAAUGAUGGGCCACAUACUCAUGAUGUGUUAGAAGCAGCUAGGAUUUAAAUCUUCACUGUCUCUCAGUUGAAGAUGUUGGAGCGCGAGUCAAUCCAGUGAUUUCACCAUUUGAAUUUUUUUUUAACUUCAGUUCCUGUUUUGAAAUCACAACUGGUUUUAACGUGACGGUUCAGAGAUUUGUUAACUUUAUAUUAUGGACAUAUAUACUGUAUAUAUAUAUAUAUUAUGUGAAAUGACUCCAUGUGUCAUAGUGUAACGAUGAUCUUCAGUUCAGUGUGUGAAGUGAGAUGCAGCAGAAUGAUUCUUUGUGUCUCGUGUUUCAUUUGGAUGUUGGUGAAAACUUGUUCGUCUGCUGCAACGAGAGACUGAAGGUUUCAGACGAUGACACUCGUGAGAGAAUAUAGAUUUGAAAAGGUCAGAGACAGUUUCCACUGGUUCACAGUGAUCUGGUUACAACCGGUUCACUGCGAUCGGGUUUCCACCGGUUCACUGCGAGCGGGUUUCAACCGGUUCACUGCGAGCGGGUUUCCACCAGUUCACUGCGAGCGGGUUUCCACCGGUUCACUGCGAGCGGGUUUCCACAGAUUCACUGCGAGCGGGUUUCCACCAGUUCACUGCGAUCCGGUUUCCACCAGUUCACUGCGAGCGGGUUUCCACCGGUUCACUGCGAUCCGGUUUCCACCGGUUCACUGCGAUCCGGUUUCCACCGGUUCACUGCGAGCGGGUUUCCACCGGUUCACUGCGAUCCGGUUUCCACCGGUUCACUGCGAGCGGGUUUCCACCAGUUCACUGCGAGCGGGUUUCCACCGGUUCACUGCGAGCGGGUUUCCACCAGUUCACUGCGAGAGGGUUUCCACCGGUUCACUGCGAUCCGGUUUCCACCGGUUCACUGCGAGCGGGUUUCCACCGGUUCACUGCGAUCCGGUUUCCACCGGUUCACUGCGAGCGGGUUUCCACCGGUUCACUGCGAUCCGGUUUCCACCGGUUCACUGCGAGCGGGUUUCCACCAGUUCACUGCGAGCGGGUUUCCACCAGUUCACUGCGAGCGGGUUUCCACCAGUUCACUGCGAGCGGGUUUCCACCAGUUCACUGCGAGCGGGUUUCCACCAGUUCACUGCGAUCGGGUUUCCUGAAACACAAGUGUUUGUCAGGAUUUUUCAUCUCAAGGUCGAUGAGUUCAAAUGUUGUGAGGGAUUUAGUUUUUCCUUAGAAAUAAAGAAGAAGAUUAUGAA